CGUACACACCGCACCGGGGUUAGAGGUAUCUCGCGUUCACGCUGCCCUCAGGCGCACACCGUCCGUCGAGCGAGCGAACGUCGUUUACUAUUAUGUAAGGGGCAUGUCGUCGGGCAGCAGCGUCGACGUGGACACGCAGCCGGACCGCUGAACGGGUUCCCCAGCCGAACUGGAACGGCGACAUGCCAACAGACGCGUCGCGUCGGCCGCGUUACGACCACACACAGCCGUCGCACCACGUACCGAAGGACACCACGCACACACUCUAAGGAACGCGUGUACACGCCGCGACAGGAUCAUCGAUGGAACUGAAAAUCCUGCUGCUCGUUCACGUCCUGGGAAUUUGCUCCGGCCUGCGAGAGGUGCGCAUCCAGAUACCGACGGCCGUGAAGAAAGGUGACUCGGCGAUACUGAACUGCUGGUACGACACCGAAGGGGAUCCUUUAUACGCCGUCAAGUGGUACAAAGUGGGUCGAGAGUUUUAUCGCUAUGCCCCGAACGAGACCCCGGUCGUCAAGACUUUCCCCAUCGGGAACUUGACGGUGAAGAAAGCCGAGAGCAACGCGACCCAGGUGAAGCUGAUGAACCUGGAGCUGGACGCAGCUGGAUUGUACAGCUGCGAGGUGUCCGCGGAUGCGCCUUCCUUCCACACGGCCAUUGUUGACGCCACUAUGUAUGUUGUCGAAUUACCCUCUCAAGGGCCGUCGAUACACGGGUUAAGGAGGAAAUACCGGAUCGACGAUAUGCUACGUCUGAACUGCACAUCGGGACGGAGCAAACCGGCGGCCAAUCUCACCUGGUACAUCAACGACCAACAACCGAUGAAGUCGUACGUCCGCACGUACAGCCAUCUCGACACGAACGAAUCGGAGUGGCAGAUCUCCCAGAUCGGCCUUCAGUUUCUCAUUACGCACGACAACUUCACCAACGGCAAAAUGAAGAUACGGUGCAGCGCCUCCAUAUAUGACAUUUACUGGAAGAGCACAGAGAUCAGCGUCGAGGAGGACAGGCCCAGUGUGAUUCAUUACGAGCCGGCUGCGACCAUAGUCGGCAUCAAGUAUCUUCAACCACCCCCGAACUUUCAGACGGGACAGAAGAAACCUGAUGGUCAUAUUGGUGUCAAAGUUCUCGGUUCGUCCAGGACGGAGGGUCGACCGCCACCAUCGAGGUUAUUGUUCGGCCUGUUCGCGUUUCACCUGAUCGCCAUUCGUUAACCGUAAAGCAUUGAAAUACGCGCGCGCUUUGGAGCUGUUUUAUAUAAAUCGACGUGCUUGUAAGAAAGUCCGGGCCGCUUUGUGUGAUGUGAUCAUCCUCCGGCGACAGACGACGCACGUAUCGCGCCUCAUUUUGGACCACGGUGCGGGGAUGAACGAUGACGAAGAAAAAUGAAUAAACAAAUGAACAAAAAAAAAAGACAGGAAACUGCGAUGAAUUCCGUCGAGGAUCAGGGUGGUUGCAGCGAAGAAGAGAAAUGAUGUCAUGAGAAAAUGUUUCGUGUUUCUUUACGAUCAACACCUGAAAGGUAUUCGUGGUCCGCCAAUGUAGGAACGAAGAAACCACGGGAGAAACAGGAGAGGAAUGUUUCGGGGUAUAUUUUAUUAUUAGAACUGUGUAUAUGUCGCUUCCUUUCGACGAGAUUCAUGUGUUUGCAAUGUGUAGAUAGAACCGUAUAGUACCUACGUUUUACGACGCAUCGUUUCGAAUAAAGAGUGAUACUAUUCUUUUCGUUUUCGUACUUUUAUAAACUCGAAAUGACUGACCUAGUGGAUAUAUCGUACGGGCGGUCUCAAAAAUGGUGUACGAGAAAUUACUGUGCAAAAUGUUUUUGAGGAGAUUGCUUCGUUUUUGAGGUAUGAACUUCUUUUACAAGGGGUGAAAUUUUGAAAUUUGGUGG